AUGUUACAGUGUCCGGUUUGGGAGGAAGUUGUACGAAUAAAAUCCUUUAUUCCGUUCCUAUCACUAUUUAAACGAUUAAACCUUGUUCAACCACGCUCCAAACUCAAGCAUUCUCUCGAACUUGCCGAUCUAAAUCCAUGGGAAAGUGACCGGAUCGAUUUGCUGAUUGGAGCCGAUCUGUACGCUCAAUUGCUCAAACCUGAGAUUUGUCCUGGACCACGUGGAGAUCUCGUUGCUCAGUCAACUAUAUUUGGUUGGAUCUUAUCAGGACCACUACAAGGAUCUCCUCUUCAAAGUUAUCACAUUAAUGUCCACUUUUCCAUGGAAACCCGAGUUGACGAAAGCUUGCGUCAAUUUUGGGAAUUGAAAGAGAUACCAGCAGUGAAUUUAAUGACAAAAAAAGAAAUUGAAUGUGAGCAUCAUUUUAUGGAGACACAUUCUAGAGACUUAAAUGGAAAAUAUGUAGUUCAAUUACCUUUUGAUGAUUCCCCCUCGAAAUUAGGUGACUCUUAUAACAUAGCUCUCAAUUCGUUGUGUAGAAUAGAAAAAAGAUUUACUCGUGAUCCUCUGCUUGCUGAAAAUUAUCGUGAUUUUCUAGGAAAGUAUCAAGAGAUGGGACAUAUGACUCCAGUUGACGUUGACCAGACUGAUUCAUCUCGUGUCUUUAUUCCGCACCACCCUGUCGUUCGCGAAAGUAGCCAAACAACGAAAGUUAGAGUCGUCUUUAAUGCUUCGAGUCCAACGUCCAACAAAACCUCGAUUAAUGACAUUUUACACAUCGGUCCAAAAUUACAAACAGAUAUUUGCUCCAUCAUUUUAUGA